GUUUAUAGAUGGAUAGCGUGUAGCCCAUAACAUAAACGAAAAUAUGUAGUAUUGUUGGCGUUAAAUGAUGAGUUCAAUGAUGGUGUAUAUUAUUAAUUUACGUUUUAAUAAAAGUAUGUAACUUAUUUUCAUAUGCUAUUUCGAAUGUCUUCCAUUAUGAAAGAAAACAUGGUAUUGCAGUCGUUAACUUCAACGUGACAAUUUCCAAAGCAAACCAUUAUAGGCUAUUCUACUUAUUAGAAUGUUAAGAAAUGGCAUCCAACACCUACAGGGUAGAAUGGGUGGAAAUAAUAGAACCAAAAACAAAAGAACAUAUGUAUGCAAAUCUAACAACAGGAGAAUGUGUUUGGGAUCCUCCAGAAGGUGUUCCAGUUAAAAGAACAACAUCUAAUCAGUGGUGGGAACUAUUUGAUUCCAAUACAGCACGUUUUUAUUAUUACAAUGCCACAUCCCAAAGAACAGUUUGGCACAAACCAACUAAUUGUGAUAUUAUACCAUUAGCUAAGUUGCAAUUAUUAAAGCACAAUACAGAUUGCAGAACAGCACCAACAACAACCAAUCAUCAAGGAACACAAACAUGUGACCAACCUGGAAGAAAUCAAUCACUAAGUCUAUCAGCAAGUACACCACAGUUAAGGAGAAAGUCCAGUGAUCUGUGUAGGAGCAGUAGCUUCAGUCAACGUGGUGGAGAUGCUCCUUUAUAUUCAAACUGGCAUGAUUCACACUUGUUACCUUUGGAACACUUUUUACUCAACAACAGUAGAGAUUCUGAAAGUGAUAGAUCAGAUAGUGGAAGUGAAUCACUCACUGGUCAUGAGCCGGAUAAUGAAGACUCAGAUCAAUCAGAAGGGAAUUAUUUACCUCACCGUUUACGUCCUGUACCGGUAGAAUAUCUUAAUCUGCCUACUGCUGUUACUGAACCUCCUCGCCAACAAACUUCUGUGCCUCCAUUAAAACCAGCCCCAGAGCCUCCCUUGCAACCAGAAAGAGAAGCUGAUAUGGAAAAGUUUGCAGCUGAUAACUUAAACUUAGGUGGUAGAGGUUUAUUUAGAAGAAAAACCAGUGUAAGGGAACUUCUAAGUUGGACUUCUCGCGGUUUAACACGUCCGCUUCUAGCUUCUAGUAAACCCUUAGCCAAGCAAGCUUUGGAUAUGUUUAGGCAAGUCCAAAUGUAUAUGGGAGACCGUAAAGCAAGACCUGGAACAUCUCUUAAUUCUUUGUUAGUAGAAAUUAUUAAUUUGGCUCAUGCACAACCGGUCUUAAGAGAUGAACUAUUUGUACAGUUGUGUAAACAAACAACUGAAAAUCCUCGAAGAGAAUCGUUAGUAAGGGGAUGGGAAUUGUUAACUAUCACUUUGGCCUUUAUACCUCCCAGUUCAACUUUCCAGCCUGCAUUACUUGGUUACCUAAAUAGACAUAGAGAUCCUACAUUUGCUAGGUGUUUUCCGGACGUCUCACGUUGGCCUAUUCACGUUCAGGUAAGCCACUAUGCAACGGUAGCGUGUCAAAGGUUGGAGCGAAUAGGAGUGGGAGGUAAAAGAUCUGCACGUCGUCCUCAAAUGGAUGACGUAGAGUCUGCCAGAAGUCAAAUAUUUCAAGCUAGUCUUUUUGGUAACACUUUAAGAGAAGUAAUGCAAUUACAGGCGAGUCGCUGGCCAAAUAGGCGUUUGCCCUGGCCGCAAGUAGAAUUGUCGCAACAAGUUUUGCGCCUUCAUGGAUUGAACACUGAAGGAAUAUUCAGAGUAUCCGCUGACGUUGACGAAGUCUCGAGAUUAAAAGCCCAAAUGGAUAAAUGGAAUUUUAGUGAACCAAGCGACGCUCAUGUGCCAGCUAAUUUAUUGAAGUUAUGGCUAAGAGAAUUGUAUGAACCCCUUAUACCAGAUUCUCUUUAUCCAGAAUGUGUAGCAGAACCAAUGACCGGCAGAAGAGCCUGCGACUUGGUUCUACGUUUACCAACGUUACACCGUCUCGUUCUCUGCUACCUCAUUCGUUUUUUACAAAUGUUCAAUAAACCUGAUGUGGUUCAACAUACCAAAAUGGACGCAUCAAAUUUAGCGAUGGUCUUUGCACCUAACUGUCUUAGAUGUACAGCCAGCGAUCCCCACACUAUUUUUGAUAACGCUCGAAAAGAAAUGACUUUCAUGCGUUGUCUUAUUCAAGAAUUAGAUACUGAUUGUGUUCGCGAUAUGAUUUGACCCCUUUUGUUUUUAUUUAAACUUGUAAGAAAAGUAACAUGCACUGUAUUUAAAAGUCGGAUCUUGCUCUCCUAUUCUGACUAUUUUUGUGUAACCAGUUUAGGACCUGAUUCAUUUUACCUGAUUGCAAAUAAAUAAUAAUAUUAG